AUGCUCCUAGACGAUAUGGUCGGUCAGGAAUUGAAUCAUACUCACAAAGUUGGAGACCUCGCCAGUAUCAAGGAAAUCCCCGCCAGCAUGCCUGCCUCUACCAAGGACAGCAAGAAACAGGCCGAACCCAACGGCGCCAAUGGGACCAUUCCGCCUCCCAAAACAGACAAGCCGCGGCCCCAUGUGUGUACCACGUGUGGCCGCUCCUUCGCGCGGCUCGAGCAUCUCAAGCGCCACGAGCGCUCGCACACCAAGGAGAAGCCCUUCGAGUGCCCUGACUGCGCACGAUGCUUUGCCCGUCGGGACCUGCUCCUCCGUCACCAGCAGAAGCUGCACAUGACCACGACGCCGUCAUCGCGCCCGAGAAAUGGGCGUCGCGAGAGCACGGGUGCCGCGUCCAAUGCCAACCGGGUUCGCAAGAAUUCCAUUGUCAGCACCUCGUCGUCGAUGCGGCCCCGGGCCAACACCAUCAGUCAUGUGGAUGCAGCCGCUCUGGGGAUGGGUCAUCCCGGUACCCAGCAGCGUCAACCGGGUCAUGGGUAUCACCCCAGCAUUGGGUCUGCUUCCAUUAGCUCCAGUGUAGAUUACAAUGGCUACAGCUCUGGACACCCACCGAUGAAUGGCCUGGCCAAGCUCGAGACGUCUGGCCUCCCCAUGGACAUGUCUGGCGGCCUGCGGACGGCACCCGUCUAUGGCAGCUUCGACCUGGGAAUGGAUGGUAUGCUCAUGGGUCAUGGCAGUACCAUCAACCCGGCGCAGCUGCACUUCGCAGGCUCUCCACAGGGAUUUGGCAAUGACUCUCCCACGUCUCCCUUUGGUCACCAUGCUCACGGCAUGCAUCCAGCCACGGACCACCUGAUGGACGAGGAGAUGCACUACGAUUGGAUGAACGGGCUCGAUGCGGCCAUGGCCCUGGGCAAUGGGAAUGACUCGGUCAUUGACGAGUCGUCCCCGUCGGCGAUGAGCACGGGGAGCCAGAGCGGAGUGAGCGAGGCCAUGCUCGAGGGCUCGAACCGUAUUCCCAUCUCCAAUGGCUGGCAUAACCCCUUUCCCGCCCACGCCUCCGGAGCGGCCAAUCAGUUUUCGAUUGACUUUUCCCCGACGGCCCUGAAUGAAUUGGGAAUUCCCCCGGAGACGGUGUCGCCCAAGUCCCUGAUGGCCCAGAAUAAUCCCUUUGGUGAGACUGCCCUACGAAGUCAACAUUCCCCCGCAUCAACGGAUACAUUUACAGACUCCACACGACAGGCUCUAUUAGCGAGCAUGGCGCAACCCACUGGCUUCAAUCAUCGCAAGUAUUCUCAGCCCGCAAGUGGACUUCUGAACAGUCGUGAGCUCUUCGCCCGCUCCGCUGGCUUCAACGGUACCGGUCAGUUACCCAGCACCUCGGACAUGCAACGAUAUAUCUCAGCCUACAUCAUGUACUUUCACCCCCACGUGCCUUUCCUCCACAUCCCGACCCUCAACUUUCAAGCUCCCGAGUACACCAGCAAUCUCCGCACGCCAAGCGGACACCUGAACCUCAGCUCCACCGGCGUUGCCGGAGGCGGCGGCUGUUUGAUUCUGUCUAUGGCGUCCAUUGGCGCGCUGUACGAGUAUGAAUCGACCGCGUCCAAGGACCUGUUCGAGGCCGCCAAGAAGAUGAUACAAUUAUACCUCGAGGAGCGCCGCAAGGCCGACAUGUCUGCUGCUCUCAGCAGCCGUUCGAACUCUACUCGCGACAACUCCGUCCACAACACCCCACUGUGGCUGGUGCAGGCCAUGCUCUUGAACGUCAUCUAUGGCCACACCUGUGGCGACAAGACCUCCGCUGAUAUCGCCAGCACGCACUGUGCGGCGCUGGUGAGUCUGGCACGCGCAGCCGAGUUGACACAUCACCUGGACCCCAAGAAUCUACCACAAGAUCACCUGAAUGCUGGAUUCAACGGGGGGCAACAACAGCCUUCGGGGGAGAACAAUUCGGAUAAUUGGAUGUCACCAUCAUUUAACCAACCAAAGGAGAGAAGGGACUGGUUGAACUGGAAAGUUGUUGAGGAGCGGAAACGUACCCUCUAUGCAAUUUUCGUUCUGUCCAGCUUCCUGGUUUCUGCAUACAACCACGCGCCAGCCCUUACCAACUCCGAAAUUCGGCUUGAUCUCCCUUGCGAAGAAGACCUCUGGGCUGCCGAGUCGCCUCAGGCGUGGAAAAAGAUGGGCGGACAGGCUGCUGCGAAGAAGGGCCUGUCUUUCUCGGCGGCGUUGACUUCUCUUUUGACCGCCAGCCAACGAGAGCAACAAACUCAAUCUUCAAACCUCUUCUUCAGCGCAGGUACCCCCGACGAUCUUUCCACCGGUGACAAUCGGCCCAGUACCUACGGGUGUCUCGUUCUGAUCUACUCGCUGCACAAUUACAUCUGGGAAACCCGCCAACGGCACAUGGGACGGCAAUGGACGGCGCAAGAGACCGAUGCCAUGCAAUCGCACAUCGAGCCUGCGCUGCGCGCUUGGCAAGCUGCCUGGGCAAGCAACCCAGUGCACAGUCUGGAGCGCCCGAAUCCAUUCGGAGCCGGCCCAUUGUCUGCGGACAGCAUUCCUCUCCUCGACCUUGCCUACGUGCGACUGUUUGUCAAUCUCGGCCGCUGCAAGGAAGCAUUCUGGCAGCGGGACUGGAACGGCAUGGCAGACGAGCUUGCACGUGGCACAGAGGUCUUCCAGCAGGGAGAUGCAGACGGCAAUACCACGGUGGAUCCUUCACUCACCGGCACUCUUGAUGCACGACGGGACUCGAUUGCAGACCUGGGCGUCGCGGGUCUGGAAAUUUCCAAGACCCCGACUCAGGAACAGCCCAUGCAGUCCUUGUCCAGUGUCUACAAGACGGGCCAGUCCAAGCGUGAGAAGCACCUGCGCAAGGCGGCCUUCUACGCCGCAGACUCGAUCUCCAUGUCUGACCGACUCGGUAACACAUUCGCCGAGUUUUCGUCCCGGGAGCUUCCCAUCCAAUGCGCGAUGUGUGCUUUCGACUGCGCACAGGUUCUGGCUGAGUGGAUCACCACCGUCCAAGAACGGGUCGGUCCCUACCUUGGCAUCCUGGGUCGUGACGAUGUCGAUCUCACUCAGGUUCCCGGUGUUAUGCUGUUGGAAGAUGAAGAUUGCAAGCUCGUGGAUAAGAUCAAAGAGAUCCUGAACAGCAUUGAGACAAAGAUGCAACGUCAAGUGCAGAAUGGCAACUCCAUGUCUGCCCUGAGUGUCAUGCAGCGUCUACCCAGCGUCGUGGAGGGAGGAUACGGUUGUAAAAUAUUGAUUGCGACAGCAAGCAUCCUGGAUCGAGCUGCUGUCUGGCCAGUGACGAAACUAAUGGCCCGUUCCCUUGAAGCCCAAGCCAUGCGAAUGAAAGAGCGCACCGAGCACUCUGUGAUGAUGAACACCAACCAAUAA